AUGAGAAUCGUUUAGAUAAGCGUGAUAUCGCUGCUGUGUUUCUCAAACUUAGUAAUCUUGAGAGAGGAUGAUGUUGAGUUCACAAUACAUUUAGAACCAAAGAAUCGCAGAUAACCAGUAUCUAAAUUCGGUAAUACAUUCAACGAUGAUGUCUUCAAGAAUAUUAAUGGACAGCUUCAUACUUAUCCUGCAAUAAACGUUAACUUGAAUAAUAUCCAAGAGAUUGAUUAUACUGGCCUGAUGUAUUUUGGAAGCCAAUAAUCAAGAAAUGAGAUUAUCUUUGAUACAGGGUCAGGGUGGCUAACAGUAACUUAGAAGUCAUGUUCAAAUUGUAAUGAUACCAAAUAUGAUCCUAGCGAGUCUUCUACUUCAGUGAUGGUCUAUAGCGAUACCAAAACCUUAAAUUAUGGCUCAGCUUCACUUGAUGGGCAAAUACUCGCAGAUGAUGUUUGCAUUGAUCCUCUAAAUCAGUUCUGUGCAAAGAACUUUACAUUUUUAGGAAUAACAAAGUAGGAGGGCUUUGAUGAUGCUGAUGGAAUUUUAGGGCUUUCUCCAGAUAUCCCCUAAAAUGGUCCAUCUUUUAUUUAAAAGCUGAGAGAAGCGAACUUUAUAGAUUUCAAGAUCGUGUCAUUCUUUAUUGGCUACAGCACUCAUCAAUCUAAGGUCUAGUUCGGUGGUUAUGAAAAUGCUUACAUCAAAGCAGGAGAUCAAAGUAAAGGCUAUGGCUUACAUUGGUAUAAGCUUAAAAGUCAAACAUGGUGGUAGAUUGAGAUUGAAGAUGCUACCUAUGGGACAUAGACUUAUUAUCAAAAGGAUACUGAUAUGGCAAUCAUUGAUACUGGUACUACUCUUAUAGUAGUUCCAUUUGAUGAAUUCCGUGAAUUAAGCAAACUUUGGAUGAAAAGUGAACCAGAAAUUCAUUGCAAUUCCCAAAUUUGCUAUAGCGUAGGGUCAUGCUCACAUAUUUCUAAGAAGCUUAAAGUUUUAAAAUUCAAAUUCGACGAUAAGUACUACUACAACAUUCAGCCCUCAGACUAUCUUAUCAAUGGUAUUGAGUUUGGAGUGCCAGGUCUUUGUGUUAUUGGAAUCUAAGGAGGUAUCGCAGCUUCAUACUUUAACUUUUAUAUAAUGGGAAACGUUUUCUUAAAGCAGUAUUACUCUGUUUACGACUUUGAAAAUAAAAGAGUUGGACUGGCUAUUCAUCCUUAUUCUAAUGGAGUAAUUGAUGUUCAAAAGAACAUGUGGGUUUUACCCAUUAUAGUUAUAGCUAUAGUUGUUGUAGGUUUAGCUAUUGGAUUUUAUUUAUGGAGACGCAGGGUCAACCAAAGAAGAGAGGAAGAGAAAAGGCAUGAACAGUACUAUAGUUAGUUAGGAAAUAAUUUAGCGGAUGGAAUUUAUGAGAACCCGAAUCAACAGCUCAAUACAUAUUCAGGAAAUGAUAUAUACAACUGGCACAAUAUUUCAGAUAACCAAUUAAAUUCAGCUCAGCCCUAGCAAAAUCCAACAACCAAUGACAAAUAUCAAAAUAACAAUGCUUGA